AUGCCACCGGGAGCCGUCGAACUCGCUGUUCGCCAUAAUGACUCAGAGGCCGACACCGACAUCAUUGCCAUCCACGGCCUUGACACGAAGUCACCUGAUACUUGGACAUGGAGGCAGGGUGAUGUUAGUGUCAACUGGCUAUCCGAUGUGAAUAUGCUCCCGAGCAGAGUCGGGAAGGCCCGGAUCCUCACGUGCGAUUGGUCCGCAGACUUGCUUCAACCAAAAGACAUGAGUCAGAAAUCGGUGAAGGAGUACACCAGACUCAUUCUCGACGGGAUCCAGCGUGAACGUGCCGAGCAUGAAGAUCGUCCAAUCAUAUUCAUCGCUUCGUGUCUUGGGGGCAUCAUCUUGAUUCAGGCUCUCGUCAUGGCCGGAUCAGGAUAUUCUUCAGUCUGUCAGGCCACGCGCGGAAUUGUCUUCCUUUCUACGCCGUUCCGUGGCACUUCAUUCAAAGAUAUAGCCCCCUGGGCAGAGCCCGCUUUGUCGAUAUGGGCUUCCGCGACAGGCCGUGCAGUGACUGAGUUGACCAAAAACACCACGCAGUCGUCCAACCUUGAAGAGCUGCUACGCCAAUUCACGAAGCUUGUUAAGGACCGCGAAAAGGAGUCUGAAUUAGAGCCCAAUCUGAAGAUUCAGCUGAUCACUUUCUACGAACAGCAAAUGACGAAACUUCUUCAUGAGUACUUGUGGUUUUCGAAAAUGAAACUGUUGGUCGAUAGCGAUUCCGCGAAUCUGGACAUUGUCGAACACCCGAUUCCGCUCGAUCGCACCCACGUGCUCAUGAACAAGUUCGCCGGGCCUAGGGACCUCGAGUAUGAGAAAGUUGCUGGCAGAAUCGAGGACUUUCUUCGCAGUAGUCGCAAAACGUUCUUUCUUGACCGAGCAGAUGCGUAUAUAAAAGAGAAUUGCGAAAAGAAGCUCACAAUUUUACGGCUAUCAGGCGACUCGCUGCCGAUGAACCAGUGCUAUAUCAAUCUUGCUGUGGUGGAGCAGCAAGGAACAAAAACAGCAAACUCAGCUGAGAGGGAUGCAAAGGUCUCCCCAUUUAGCCUGAGCCACCGGCUAAGUGUCGACACGCCGGACAAACAGACCCAAAUCGUACUGUCGACAAUCUUUGAAUCACGCAAAAAUCGUGACGGGACCACGAAAACGCCAAGACGAAUUUUGAUUCGAGGACGUGCAGGAGUCGGAAAGACUACAUUAUGCAAGAAGAUGGUCUAUGAAUUUGUCCAUGAGCACAAAUGGCAGCCCUUGUUUGACCGGGUUCUAUGGGUACCUCUACGGCGACUGAAGAGGUGGAGCUCGGCCUCCUACACGUUCGAAGAACUGUUUCGUCGUGAAGUGUUCCAGAAUUGCGAAGAGGCGUUGCGCUAUCUUUUCGUCAGAAGCCUUCGCAGGGCCUUGGACGAAGACAGAAUCUUGUUUAUUCUUGAUGGAUUGGACGAAGUGUCCCAAGAGUGGGCAAGGGACAACGAUGGCUACGACUUUCUUCGAGAUCUCCUAAAUCAAAAGAACGUUGUAGUCACAUCUCGUCCGUAUUUCAAACUUCCGGAUGGCAUCAACCCUAUGGAUCUCGAGCUAGAGACACUUGGAUUCUACCCAAAACAGGUGGAGGAAUACGUCAAUACGACAUUUGGCAAUUCUGGCACACAAAAGGCCGAAGAAGUCCGUUUGUUUCUCCAAACUCACCCACUUAUUCAAGGCCUCGUUCGGAUUCCUGUUCAGCUAGACGCGCUUUGCUACAAUUGGGGAGGCAGCAUCGAUCUCGGAUCCAAACCAGAAACCAUGACUGCCAUGUACCAAGCGAUCGAAAAUGGCUUGUGGAAAAAGGACGCAUUUCUCUUGGGGAAGAUACAGACAGAGAAUGAGCUUCAGUCGGCUUCACCGAAAACAAUGGAGCGCAUGAUGGAAAGAGAGAUUGGGUUUCUGGAGAGCCUUGCCUUUUCAGGAUUGUGUAGCGAUACCAUCGAGUUCGAGACGAGGAUUUCAAGCACAAUACUACACAACACCGAUGAUCCAAAAAAUGGCAACCCACCCGACAAGAUUCUACCCCGUCUCUCAUUCCUAAGAACAUCAGACCCGCCAGACUCGACGUCAGGAAGCCAACAAUCCUGCCACUUUUUGCACUUGAUUUACCAGGAGUACUUUGCGGCACGGUACUUUGUGCGGAAAUGGAAGUCUGGAGAGGACCUCGAGCCGUUUACGAUCACCGAUAAGAGCGGAAGCAAGCGAUGUGUUCGCGGCAAAGGAAUUGGCACAACUAUAUUUCUUCACCAACACAAGGCCCGGUACGACAUACUUUGGCGUUUUGUCGCCGGCUUGCUUGACUCCGGCGAUGGGCAUUCGGACGAACAAGACACACUUAGGUUCUUCCAGACCAUCGAUGAGAAACCGCGCGAUCUUUUGGGGCCCGCACACCAACGGCUACUCAUGCAUUGCUUGGGUGAGGUGUCGCCGAACCUGUUGAUUCGGCCAACACUAGAAAAGAAUUUGACAUCGUGGCUUUUGUUUGAGAGCAGUUUUGAGAAUGCCUCCCUCGCACGGGAAGUGGAACUUCCGGACAACGUUCUUAUGGCUGCUUUAGAAGAUGGCAGCAACAAGUACAACAUCGCAGUAUCGCUGAACGGUAGACCAACAAUCCCGUCAAGCAUCGUCAAAUUAGCAACGUCAUGGCUGGCUGAUGACUACAACGAUAAGGCCGCUCUUCAAAUAUUGGACAAUUCUCACAUAAAGUUGCCAAACAUAACGCUACAAGCGCUGACGAUUACAGUUCUAUUAGACACGCCGCAGCUGAGGCCUUAG